GUUGUUGCUCUCUGAGGAUGGGGAUGUGCUGGUGGGUGCUGGUGUGUGGGGCUGUGCUGGGGGUGGCAGGGACCCCCACGGCCCCAGCUGCUCCCACAUUUUCUGGCCAUGUGGCAGUGGCCCCAACACCGUCCUCAGGUGUGGGGACACAGGCUGUGGACCCAGCACCUGCUGCUGCCACUGUGCCUGGUGGGACUCAUGCGGAGCCCAGCAUGAACUUCACCUUGAGGCUCCUGCAUGGGGACUCUGGUGCCAUGAAGAAGCCGCUGGUGGUCAGCUCUGGUUCUGUCAUCCACCUGGAGGCCAGGGUGGACUUUGGGCCUGGUGUCUCCCCCAGGAUCUACAUGGACCAGUGCUACGGGACAAGUUCAGGGUGGCCGGGCCAUUCCAGGAGGGCCUACGUGGUGGUGAACAGCCAGGGGUGUCUGCAUGGCCCGAGUCUGGGGAGUGUGUCUGUCCAGCACCAGAGAGGGGCGUCUGUCCUCCAGUUCUCCAUCCUGGCCCCUGUGCUGGAGGUUGAGCCUGAGGAGGAGCAGGUCUACGUGCACUGCCUGCUGACGGCAUGGGGUGCCCAGAGGCACAGCCUGAGGUCCUGCUUCUACAGUGAAGCCGUAGCCAGGUGGCACAAUGCAGAGGACCCUUCCCAGAGUGCCCUGUGUGACUGCUGUGACACCAGGUGUCCCCCUGGUGACACCCCACCUGGACAGCAGCCAGAGUUCCCAGGAGAGGGGAUGCUCCACCAGGAGAUGGUUGGCCCACUUCUGGUGCAGGACCUGGAGCCAUGGUAUGAAGCGCCGUGCCGCACGGUGAAGAAGCUGCUGCUGGCUGGGCUGGCCCUGCUGGGCAGUGCUGUCGUGGCGGCUGCCCUCGUGGGGAGCGUGCUGGCCCUGGGCUUGGCUGUGUGGCGUCUGCGCAGGGGACAGCGGAGACGCCGGCGGCCGAGGCGGCAGUGUCCCUUCCAGGCUGAGCUGCAGGCUGUCGUGGGGGCCCUUGUCCCCAGGGAGCUGGAGAAACAGGGGGAGCCCGGUUUGGAGUACCGCAGCCUGGAGCACAGCUUGGUGUGAGUUGGUUCCUCGGCAAUAAAAGUCACUUCUC